AACUCAAGAACGUUGCAAGGUGUGAGACCUAGAGAGGGAGCAUGCGCUCCCCUGUGACUUCCACGGCCUUAUAAUUUUUCCAAAUUCGCAAAGUGUGCCGCAUUUUUGGCAAGUUAAUGCUUGAAACAUGGUAAAUGUUAUGAAAGGAGUGCUUGUGGAAUGGUAAAUGAUCCUGCUAUGAAACAAUUUCUGCUGCAUUUGGACGAGAAGCUGGCAUUGGGUCGCAAAUUCAUCAUUCAAGAUCUGGACGAGAGUCACCUAUUCAUCUCUACGGACAUUGUGGAAGUGCUGCAGGCGCGUGUCGACGAUUUAAUGGACCGCAUUAGUUUUCCACUGCACGACAAAGACGCCUAA